CGGACAGUUACGGUCUCAGACGACAUCCUCUACCUCUACCGUCGCGAAUUUAUGUCAACCAUGUCUCCUCCGAGUCAACAUCCCCGCAGGACAUUCGUCCCUCUUUCUACCGGUGUUCGGGAUCAAGCAUCUCCUCUGUGUAGCCUCAAGUUUCGCGGGCGAGACGACGAGCCUGGCGUUGCGUUAUACCAGUUUUCAUCGAAAGAACAUGACCAGAUGGUCUGCAACGGCCUCGACGAGUUGUUCCAGAGCGAAUACUUGGAUGACUUCAUGUCCCUCCGAUGUCAACUGCCAGGUUAUGCCUCAGACAGCAGGCCUCUACUCUUUCUUGAAGCCAUCCCGAUUAAACGCUACGAAAUUGGGAGGCUAGUCGCUGAAGAAAUGCGGGGGUAUAUGAAUGAGCUCCGUGAACUAUUGAGCGACAGGCAGUCAGCCGCCAGCGACAAUCCGUCGUUGAACGGCAUCGAUUGGGAUAAGUUGUACCUUAGUGAGUUCUAUACGAUGGACGGGAAGGAGUGGGAGGCGACGCUGUUCAUGGAGCUGCCAGAGAAGGUAGACGAACCAUAG